AUGAGAAAAUGGAUGCGAAUUGGACUUUACUGUAUCUCUCCUGUAUUGGUGAUUCACCUGAAGCUGUAUUCGAUAGCUAGAGUAUCUGGGAAUAGUAUGAGUCCCGCACUAAAUCCAGAUUACUCGGCCCCAACACGAGAUAUCGUCUUCAUCAACAAGAUUGCUCCAACACGACAAGACGGUAUUCAAUUAGGCGAUGUGGUAUUCGUAACUUCACCAAUGCAUCCCGAUCUCGUAUUAUGCAAAAGGGUUAUGGCAUUGGAAGAUGACCUAGUAUGCCCCAAAGUGAAGAACAUACCUGACACAACUACUUGGAUCAAAGUUCCCAAGGGAAAUUGCUGGGUCGAAUCUGAUGUGGCCGACAAUAAGGAUAAAUGGGACUCAAACAAGUUUGGGCCUAUACCGUUAGGACUUGUUACUGCUCGUGUAGACUGGAUCAUAUAUCCAUUUAGUAGGUGGGGCAGAGUGGAAUCUAAGCUUCUACCAGCGUCACGGAUCGUGAAGGCAGAAGACGUGUAUCACUCUGAUCUCGCACUUGCUUGA